AUGAAGUCCUUUAUCACCAUCUGUCUCUUCGCCGUCUCUGCCCUUGCCCAGCGCGCCAACAUCGGACUCCCCGAAGAGGACCAGCGUAUCAACUCCGGCAAGGAUGUCAUUAUCCAGAUCCAGCGUCCCAACACUCUGACUGGAUCCAAGGAGAUGGCCGUCGCAAUCGGUCUCUCCUCAUGCAAGUCCUCGCCUUGCCGAAGCGCAGCCGAUGCUAUAGGAACAAUCCUGUACAAUGGGCCCUUCAAGCCCGAGUAUCACGAGAACAACCGUCCCCCAUAUGAGAACUUCACUGUCAAGGUGCCGUCCGAUGCUGUCUUGGGCAAGAGCCAGAUCAAUGUCGCCCAUGCGGCUUUGAUCGGUGCUGGUCCUUCCGCAUUUUUGGAGUCCUUCAACCAGACGGUCUUCGUUGUUUAG